AGUGUGUAGUGUGUGUUGUGUCUCUUCCUGGUUCAGUUUCUUGUCUCUUCAGUCUGACUCUGUAACUCUGUAACUCUGUUAUUAUGACUUUAUUAUUAUUAUUAUUCUAGUUCGUGUAGUUUGUGUAGUUUGUGUUGUUUGAGCGUCACGUGUUCAUGCUGCAGGUUAACUAGUUAGUGCAGCUCUAGUUAGUUCACUAACUAGUUGCUGCUGGUGUUAGUUAGUUGUUAGCUGCUAGCAGCAGCUCUGUGUGUCUCCAGCAGCAGCAGCAGCAUCAGGUAUGUUUGCGUCCUGCUGUAACUGGUUGUGUGUGGACUCGGUUGAUGAUGCUGACCCGUCAGGUGGAGCUGAGCAACGCCAUCAGUCUUACACUAACUCUGGCUUCAACAGUCAGCCGUCUCCUCCUCCACCUGAACUCACCUGUAAGGCCUGCGGGGGGCGCCUCGACACACCUGCCAAGAAGCAUGUGUGCGUGGACUGUAAGAAGGACUACUGCUGCCGCUGCUCCGCCCAGCUGGAGCCCCGCCCCCGCCUCUGUCACACCUGUCAGCGUUUCUACGGCAACCUGCUGGAGCGGGCGGAGCUGAUGAAGCUGAAGGUGAAGGAGCUGCGUGACUACCUGCACCUGCACGAGGUCUCCACCCACCUGUGCAGAGAAAAGGAGGAGCUGGUGGAGCUGGUCCUGGGUCAGCAGUCUUCACCAUCCAACGACUCCACCCCCGAGACCCUGACCCCUGACCUCCCCUCUGUGACCUCUGACCCCCCUGACCCGACCCCUCGCAUCUCUACCUUGUCUCCUGACUCGACCCCCGACCCCCCCGCCCCACAGCCAGAAGCCCCGGCCCUGCCCACAGAGACAGCCCCCCCCGCCGAGCCCGACGUCCAGGACGAAGACCAGACCUGGGACCCGGAGGAGGCCUCGGUUUCGGGCCGCAGGGCGUCUCUGUCGGACCUGAGCUGUCUGGACGACAUCGAGGCGCUCAGCGUCCGCCAGCUGAAGGAAAUCCUCGCCAGGAACUUCGUCAACUACAAAGGCUGCUGUGAGAAGUGGGAGCUGAUGGAGAGAGUGAGCCGGCUGUACCAGGACCAGCAGAACCUACUGGCCGCCAACGCUGUGAACGCCUCAGAGUCCGGUGGCGGCGGCGGUUCUGGUUCUGCGAGUCCGGAGGAGAACCUCUGUAAGAUCUGUAUGGACUCUCCCAUCGACUGCGUCCUGCUGGAGUGUGGUCACAUGAUCACCUGCACCAAGUGCGGCAAGAGGAUGAGCGAGUGUCCCAUCUGCCGCCAGUACGUCGUCAGAGCCGUCCACGUCUUCCGGUCCUGAGCGGACCAACCCCGACCUGAACCCAGGACCAGCCGUCUCCACAGCAAUAACCAUCAGAUACCUGCUGAUGAAGGGAUCUCCUCCUCAUCCUCCUCCUCGUCCUCCUCCUCUUCCUCCUCCUCCUCCUCCUCCUCAUCCUCGUCCUGCUCCUCCUCCUCCUCCUCGUCUUCCUCCUCGUCCUCCUCUUCUUCCUCCUUCUCCUCCUCCUCCUCCUCCUCCUUGUCUUCCUCCUCCUCCUCCUCCUCCUCCUCCUCCUCGUCUUCCUCCUCCAGAGACAGAAGACCUUUAUUCUAUUUUUCUAGUGUACAUAUGAGAGUAUAAGAAGUGGCCUUACUGUGAGCUGCUGUUUGAACACUGAAUGUAUCGACGGCCUCUCCAGCAGCUCCGUCACACCGACCAGCAGUCCUCCGUGCCUUCACCAGCUCGCCUCCGCCUCCGCCUCCGUCUGACCUCCGGAUCUACCAAAGAGAAGCUUUACCUCGACAGGUGAGGAGGCUCCACCACCAUCAUCACAUGACCUUUGACCUCCUGUAGACCACCACACUGUGUUUACACUGUAAAAAGUGACUGAAUGAAGUGAAGUUAAAACCUUCAGCCUUAUCUCGCAGUUUACACGUCAUCGAUGUCGAUGUAAAGCUGCUUCAGACCAGCAGCCAAUCAAAGACAAGACAUCACCACGUUCAUUAAGCUGCCUUCAGAUCAGAUUACCAGCUGGAUAACAACCUGCUGUUUCCCUUUAGAUCCUCCAUCUCACAUAAAGAUCCAUUAUUUACCCGAUAAACAACCAGAUCAAUGUGUGCCUGAAAUUUCACAGCAGAUCAGCUCUAUAGACCCUUUAGUGAUGACGUCAUGAUGAAGUCCUGGUGUUAGCUGGAGGCUAAACAAAGGAAAGACUGGAGGCUAACGCUAGCAGUGGGCUAACAUUAGCUGGAGGCUAACGCUAGCAGUGGGCUAAAGUUCCACAUCGCAGCUAACGUGAGCCGUUAGCUGCUGUUAGCAGAAGGCUAAUCUAUUAGCAACCCUUUCUCUCCGUCUCUGAAACGCUCCUCUGAUAUCGUCCGACUCUCUUUGUGACUGACUUUACUGAAGGAUAGUUAACUAGAGACAUCCACAGAUUUAUACGCCCUCAGUUUAUCUUUACAGCGCUGCCGCUGGUCACCGGCCCGCUGGUCGGACGGCCGGCUACUUAGCUAGCUAUGCUUGCUAAUUCCACCAUGCUACAGGAAAUGAGUCCAACAGAGGACAGCGCCGGGUCACGGUCCCUCUGCCUCACUCCUCGCCGCCAGGAGACGACUUCACCGGGAGGAGAGCAGGCGUUAGUUAGCUAGCUAGCUAGCGUUCUCCAGCCGUGUCCUCCUCCUGCAGUAGUCUCCGGCGGCGUAGCGGUCUAAUCUGGUCCCGUUGGGUCAUGUGAACUCUCUCAACUACCACUGGUGAUCCUGGAGAGAGAGUGACGGCACAUGUUGAGAGGAACUAGGAUUAUCUUCAGCCAUUAAAAAAAACAAGACAACAAUAGUUGCUAGCCAGCGUUAGCCAGCCAGCGUUAGCUAGCCAGCGUUAGCCAGCCAGCGUUAGCCAGCCAG